CGUCUUACGUCGAAAGCCGUACGAUUAAGCCAUGGCGUAAUGGCUUCUGGGUAUGGUUAGCUAUCCAAUCACGGAGCAGGUGUACAGGAGCGCGCUGCUGUUGUGGAGUUCAGGGUUUAUGAAACCAGUGGAUAUUCUAUAGACAGAUAUUUAUCAUCCCCAUGGAUACUGAAGGUUUUGAAGAGCUGCUUCAGCAGGCACAACAGCUAGCAGCGGAGACAGAGGGCAUCUCAGAACUUCCUCAUGUAGAACGUAAUCUUCAGGAGAUACAGCAGUUGGGGGAGCGUCUUCGUUCUAGGACUUUAACACGCACAUCACAGGAGACUGCAGAUGUGAAAGCUUCAAUUCUUCUUGGAUCACGAGGACUUGACAUUUCCCACAUUUCUCAGCGUCUUGAGAGCCUUAGUGCAGCUACAACAUUUGAACCUCUUGAGCCAGUAAAGGACACAGACAUACAGGGAUUUUUGAAAAAUGAACGUGAUAAUGCCCUUCUGUCUGCCAUUGAAGAAUCCAGAAAGAGGACCUUUGCUAUGGCUGAAGAGUAUCACAGGGAGUCUAUGCUGGUGGAGUGGGAACAGGUGAAGGAGAAGAUACUUCAUACACUUCUUGCUUCAGGCGAAGAUGCCCUUGAUUUUACACAGGAGAGUGAGCCAAGCUACGUCAGUGAAGCUGGACCACCAGGACGCAGUUCCCUGGACAGUAUUGAAGUGGCUUAUGCACGUCAGAUUUAUGUUUAUAAUGAGAAGAUUGUAAAUGGACAUUUGCCUCCAAGUCUGGUGGACCUUCUUGCUACUGCUGCAGAACAAAUGGAUGAUAAGAAUGUGACUGAGCUCUGGGAGAUGGUGAAACGAAUGACAGAUGUUCAGCUGGUGCCUGCGACAGACACUUUAAAGAGUCGGACUAGUAUGGAACUGCAGUUAGCAUUUACAAGACAGGCUUUAAGUUUUCUGGAGCAAAGCUACAAGAAUUUUGCAAUGGUGACUGUCUUUGGAAAUUUGCAACAAGCUCAGUUGGGUGGAGUACCAGGAACGUACCAGCUGGUUCGUAGCUUCCUUAACAUCAAGUUACCAACACCUGCUCAUGGUCUACAGGAGGAUGAAAUUGAUGGGCACCCUGUGUGGGCAUUAAUUUAUUACUGUAUGCGCUGUGGCGAUCUUAUAGCAGCGAUGCAGGUGGUCAAUCAAGCACAGCAUCACCUGGGCGAGUUUAAAAACUGGUUCCAAGAAUACUUUCAGAGUGACUAUAGAAGAUUGUCACCUAGUACUGAGAACAAGGUGCGCCUCCACUAUAGACGUGCCCUCCGCGGUAACACAGAUCCAUAUAAACGAGCUGUUUACUGCAUUCUUGGCAGAUGUGACAUUGCUGAUAAUCACAGUGAAGUUGCAGAUAAAACGGAAGACUACCUUUGGCUGAAGCUUAACCAGGUGUGUUUUGAAGAAGAUAGCAGUAGUUCCCCUCAGGACAGACUAACAUUGCCACAGCUUCAGAAACAGCUCUUGGAAGAUUAUGGUGAAGCUCAUUUUGCAGCUACCCAGCAUCCAUUUCUCUAUUUUCAAGUCCUCUUCUUGACAGCUCAGUUUGAAGCAGCAAUUGCAUUCCUGUUCCGGAUGGAACGUUUGCGCUGUCAUGCACUGCAUGUUGCCUUAGUCCUGUAUGAAAUGAAGCUUCUUUUGAAAUCAUCCGGUCAUACUGCUCAGUUGUUGAGUCAAGAAGCUGGCGAUCCCCCUUUCAUAAGGCGCCUAAAUUUUAUACGCCUGCUAAUGCUGUACACAAGAAAAUUUGAACCUACUGAUCCAAGAGAAGCCCUUCAGUACUUCUAUUUUCUCAGAAAAGAGGAAGAUAGUCAAGGUGAAAAUGUGUUUCUUCGCUGUGUUAGUGAACUCGUCAUUGAAAGUAGAGAGUUUGAUAUGCUCCUAGGAAGACUGGAAAGAGAUGGAAGCCGCAAGCCUGGUGUAAUAGAUAAGUUUGCUGGUGACACCAAGUCCAUCAUCAGUAAUGUUGCUUCUGUAGCAGAGAGCAAGGGAUUGUUUGAAGAAGCCGUAAAACUUUAUGAUCUCGCUAAGAAUUCGGACAAGGUACUGGAGCUGAUGAAUAGAUUGUUGUGUCCAGUCGUUUCACAGGUUAAUGCUCCUCAGUCCAACAAGGAGAGGCUCAGAAACAUGGCGUUGUCUAUAGCUGAACGAUACAGAAGUCAGGGGAUAAGUGUGGAAAAAUCCAUCGACUCUACGUUCUACCUGCUACUGGACCUUAUCACAUUUUUUGAUGAGUAUCAUGCAGGGAAUGUUGAUCGAGCAUUUGAUAUUAUUAAUCGACUAAAGAUUGUGCCUCUAACACAGGAAAAUGUGAAGGAAAGGGUUGCAGCAUUUAAAAGCUUCAGUGAAGAAAUCAGACAUAAUUUAUCAGAAGUUCUUCUUGCCACUAUGAACAUUUUAUUUGCCCAGUACAAGAGGUUAAAGAGCACAAACACAUCUACUCCUGCCAGACAACAGCAUGCUUUAGAAGACAGAGGAACACAACUCAGAGCUCAGGCCCGUGCUUUGAUAACCUUUGCUGGAAUGAUUCCAUACAGGACAUCAGGCGAUACAAAUGCAAGGCUGGUUCAAAUGGAAGUUCUUAUGAAUUAGACUAAUAUUUGGUGACUGUUACCCAUCAGAUGCCCUAAUGAGCUCUUGGUUUGCACGAUUGGAGAAGAGGUUCUGGAUCCUAAGCUGUAUUUUUUCACAACCAAAAUAAAUUUUUCGAAUAUA